AUGUAUAUAAAGAUGGCUACGUUAGCAAACGGACAGGCUGACAAUACGAGCCUCAGUAACAACAGUCACGGCAGCCCGGGCAGUAACGGGCACAUGAACGGAUUAAACCAUAGCCCGGGGAACCCGUCUACCAUUCCCAUGAAGGACCAUGAUGCCAUCAAGCUGUUCAUUGGGCAGAUCCCCCGAAACCUGGACGAGAAAGACCUCAAGCCCCUCUUCGAGGAGUUUGGCAAGAUCUACGAGCUGACGGUUCUGAAGGACAGGUUCACUGGCAUGCACAAAGGAUGUUACUUUCUUGAACAUUCUGAACCUGAGUCCUCAUUAAAAAAGCAGACAGCCCUUCACGAGGAGAAAUCCGUGCCAGGGAUGAACAGACCCAUCCAGGUGAAGCCUGCGGACAGCGAGAGCCGAGGAGGUAGUAGCCAUCUGCGACCCCCCCCCCACAACAGAAAACUCUUUGUUGGCAUGCUCAACAAGCAACAAUCUGAGGAUGACGUUCGCCGGCUCUUUGAGGCCUUCGGAAACAUUGAGGAAUGUACAAUCCUUCGGGGGCCAGAUGGCAACAGCAAAGGGUGUGCCUUUGUGAAAUACUCCUCCCAUGCUGAGGCCCAAGCUGCCAUUAACGCCUUGCAUGGCAGCCAGACCAUGCCGGGAGCCUCGUCUAGCCUGGUCGUCAAGUUUGCAGACACAGACAAGGAACGCACAAUGAGGCGGAUGCAGCAAAUGGCGGGCCAGAUGGGCAUGUUCAACCCUAUGGCCAUCCAGUUUGGGGCAUAUGGAGCCUAUGCACAGGCACUGAUGCAGCAGCAGGCGGCCAUCAUGGCAUCCGUAGCACAAGGAGGCUACCUGAACCCCAUGGCAGCCUUCGCCGCAGCCCAGAUGCAGCAGAUGGCAGCACUCAACAUGAAUGGCCUCGCAGCUGCCCCCAUGACCCCAACCUCAGGUGGUAGUACCCCUCCGGGCAUCACUGCACCAGCUGUGCCUAGCAUCCCAUCCCCCAUCGGGGUGAACGGAUUCACUGGCCUUCCCCCACAAGCUAAUGGGCAGCCUGCAGCUGAAGCCGUGUUUGCCAAUGGAAUCCACCCCUACCCAGCACAGAGCCCCACGGCGGCCGACCCCCUGCAGCAGGCCUACGCAGGAGUGCAGCAGUAUGCAGGUCCCGCUUACCCUGCUGCCUAUGGUCAGAUAAGCCAAGCGUUCCCUCAGCCGCCUCCAAUGAUCCCACAGCAACAGAGAGAAGUGUCUGUGACUGUAGUGUGA